UGUCAUCUCCCUCCGAUAAUCCAAGAGAGGAAAUUCUGGAGAGAGAAAGGAGCAGGGAUGAGUUCUUGGCAGGGAACGGCGAACUCUACAUACAAUUAUUUGAGAUCGAGCUCUCUCACAAUAGGAGAGAAGUUAUGUGCUGCUUUUAUACCGUUUAUAGGCAUAAUCGAAGCUCUGGUAUUCGCUGUGGCCGGUUGCUGCGACUUCCACAAAAACAAGCAUCACAAGAAACUGAGAUACGGGUUCAGAGAGCUCUCGCAACUCGCCCGUGAAUCGCAAUUUACUGUCAAUGAAGUGGAGGCCCUGUAUGAGUUGUUUAAGAAGUUAAGUAGCUCAAUUAUUGAUGAUGGCUUGAUUCACAAGGAAGAGCUUCAAUUGGCGUUGUUCAAGUCUCCGCAUAGUGAGAAUCUUUUCCUAGACAGGGUUUUUUAUCUUUUUGAUGAAAAGAAAAAUGGUGUGAUUGAAUUUGACGAAUUUGUCCAUGCACUCAAUGUCUUCCAUCCCUAUGCUCCUACAGAAGACAAAAUAGAUUUUGCAUUUAGGUUGUAUGAUUUGAGACAAACUGGAUUUAUCGAGCGCGAGGAAGUUAAGCAAAUGGUUAUUGCCAUUUUGUUGGAAUCUGAUAUGAAUCUAUCAGAUGAUCUUCUUGAGGCUAUCAUUGACAAGACAUUUGCUGAUGCUGAUGCUGACAAUGAUGGUAAAAUCAACAAAGAAGAAUGGAAAGCUUUUGUACUUCGACACCCGAACCUCUUGAAGAACAUGACUCUUCCUUAUUUGAAGGACAUCACCACAGUAUUUCCAAGCUUUGUUUUCAAUACUGAGGUUGAAGAAUGAGAAUCCAAAACUUUUUUUGGGCAAGGAAUGCAGUCACUUUUGUAGAUGCUUGAAGGGGGUGAUCCAGAGCUUCAAUUCUGUACAGAGCUGCUCUGUGUUGUCAAUUCUACUCAAUCUUUCUGCCCAGAAGGUUUUGAUCUAUGUCAAAAAAUUGUUGCAUCACUGCUGGAGAUGGUGAUGGUGCAGUGCCUUUGAUCUAUGAAAGCAAGGCCAGAACAGGCAGGUCAGUCAGAUUCCUUCUCAUUACCAGCUUCACCAUUCAUCUCCUACAGCAUAACUCAAGCCCAGGGUUGUAGAGUAACAAACAGAACUGGUUUUUGUAAUGUAUGUAUGUAUUGAUGUCUUUGGUUACCAUUGUAUAUGUUCUUUUUCCUGGUAAUCAAAUGUUGGUUGAUUGUGUUGAGCAUUGUCUAAA